CACUGAACCUCCUCGUUUGCCAGGACGCCCAGGAACAUGGCCAGUAAUUACGAGUUUACGUAAAAUUAUCAAGAACGUGGUUGCAAUUAAACUUGUAUGGACAAAAGUUUUAACUCAAUUUUAAAAAAGCAAAGGCAGAACGGGUACUUUUUUGCGUCAAGGAAUCCAUAGAAUUGUUCUGUGCAAACUGAGCUCCUUACAAUCAUCGGAGAGAUUUUUUGAUUUGUUGGUGUAAUUAAUAAUUUUUCAUCAUGGAAGGCUUUGACCGAGGGGAUGUUUAUUUCUCUGACAAUUUCGCUGCCGAAGAUGUUCAGGCUAAUGCGGCGCAGAAUCUCCAAGCUUACAAGAAAAAGUUCAAAGAGUUCUUUCGACAGUUUCAGGAAGGCAAUUUCAAUUACAAAUACAGAGAUACUCUCAAGAGAAACUAUAAUCAGAAACAGUACUGGGUUGAGGUCAAUUUAGGAGAUUUGGCUGCCUACGAUGAGUCCUUGGAGGAAAAAAUAUCUAAGCAGCCGACCGAGUAUCUGCCUGUUUUCGAGGAAGCAGCAAAAGAAGUUGCCGACGAGAUUACAAGUCCAAGACCGAUUGGAGAAGAGCGAAUGGAAGAUAUUCAGGUCUUGUUGUCGUCAGAUGCCCAUUGUGUUUCCUUAAGAGGAAUGAAGCCUGAUACCGUCUCCAAGUUAAUAAAAAUUUCUGGAAUCAUAGUCUCGGCAAGUGGAAUCAGGUCUAAAGCCACAAAAAUCUCAAUUCAGUGUAGAUCAUGCAGAAACAUUAUACCCAACCUUUCCAUCAACCCAGGCUUUGAAGGAUAUCCGAUGCCUCGACAGUGCAAUGUAGAACAAGUUGGAAGACCCAAGUGUCCACUGGAUCCAUACUUUAUCAUGCCAGAUAAGUGUAAAUGCAUCGACUUCCAAACUUUAAAGGUACAAGAAUUUCAUCACGAUGUACCACAAGGCGAGAUACCAAGGCACGUGCAACUGUACGUCGAUCGUUACUUGUGCGACCGCGUCGUUCCUGGAAACAAAGUUUUAAUUCUUGGCAUACUUUCAAUCAAAAAAGUACUGAAAGUAGGUAAAUCUAGAGGUAGCGAGAAAGCUUCAGUGGGCAUCCGCUCGUCUUACAUCCGUGUUGUUGGUAUACAAGUGGAUGGAGAAAACAACCAAAAUGGCAUCUACCUUCCCGUCGAUUCCGACGAGGAAGAUAUGUUCAGGCGACUAGCCAAAGAUCCAGAGAUAUACGAGAGAAUCAUAAAAAGUUUAGCCCCUAGCAUCUAUGGUGCGACUGACAUGAAAAAAUCCGUUGCUUGUCUGCUUUUCGGCGGUUCCAGGAAAAGGAUGCCGGACGCAUUAUGCAGGAGAGGUGACAUCAACGUAUUAAUGAUUGGUGAUCCAGGUACCGCUAAAUCUCAACUAUUGAAGUUUGUUGAGACUGUCUCUCCAGUUGGUGUUUACACGUCUGGAAAAGGAAGCUCUGCAGCUGGUCUUACCGCAUCGGUGAUACGCGAUCCUUCCUCGAGAAACUUUGUAAUGGAAGGUGGUGCUAUGGUACUAGCGGACGGUGGUGUAGUUUGUAUCGACGAAUUCGAUAAAAUGCGUGAAGACGAUCGCGUUGCCAUUCACGAAGCCAUGGAACAGCAAACAAUAUCGAUAGCCAAGGCGGGAAUCACAACAACGCUAAACACUCGUUGUUCAGUAUUGGCGGCAGCUAACUCUAUCUAUGGUAAAUGGGACGAGACGCAGGGCGAUGCAAACAUUGAUUUCAUGCCUACCAUUCUGUCACGUUUCGAUAUGAUUUUUGUCGUGAAGGAUGAGCACGAUCAUGACAGAGAUAUCACACUAGCGAAACAUAUACUCAGUAUUCACGCUAAUGCAAUGCAAACCGAAGAGAAUGGGGUCGAGGGUGAACUCUCGGUCUCUCUUCUUAAGAAAUACAUUCACUUUUGCAGGACAACUUGCGGUCCACGUCUAACUGUGGAAGCAGCUGAUAAACUAAAAAAUCGUUAUGUAAUGAUGCGCUCGAGUUCGCUGCAAAUGGAAAAAGAUAGCAACAAGAAAUCCAGUAUACCAAUAACCGUUCGUCAACUCGAGGCUAUUAUCCGCAUUUCCGAAUCCCUAGCAAAAAUGCAGCUGUUACCAUUUGUUUCUGAGACUCACGUUGAUGAAGCUCUUAGAUUGUUCCAAGUGUCUACAAUGACUGCCGCACAAUCCGGUACUCUUGAAGGUGCAGAGGGUUUGUCGUCGACGGACGAUUUUGAAAUGCUGAAUCGUUUGGACAAGGAGAUAAAAAAACGUUUUGUGAUUGGCACACAGGUUUCAGAGAGAACCAUUGUCAAUGAUUUUAUCAAUAAAAAAUAUCCCGAACGAGCGAUUUACAAGGUUAUACACACAAUGAUUCGACGAGGAGAAUUGCAACACCGUAUGCAGCGAAAAAUGUUAUUCCGAAUGUGUUAAGGAU